AUGGCACGCCUUUUCAAAGUCACAGGCUCGAACAACGACAUCAAUGUGUUCAACCAAUCAACGUUGUUCCACAACGUUCUUUGGGAAAAUGCUUCGGUGGUGCACUUCGAGGCCAAUAAUGCCCAUUAUACAGCAGGUUACUACUUAACAAAUGGAAUCUACUCAGAGUGGCCAGUCUUCGUCAAGAGCCCCCCAUUUCCUAGUGACGAAAAUAAUAAGAGGUUUAAAGUGAUGCAAGAAGUUGCAUGUAGGGACUUAGAACGAGAUUCUGGUGUUCUUCAAGCUCGUUGGACUAUUAUCAGAGGUCAAGCUCGUUUAUGGAAGAAAGAGCAAAUGGGCGAUCUCAUGUUUGUGUGCAUUUUGUACAAAUUGAUAAUCGAGGAUGAAUGA